CGCACUCUCACUCACAGACUGUAACGUAACAAACACAGAAUCCAUCAUUCUUUUUCUCUCUUCCUUUUUGCUUAUUCCACAAUUACACCUAUUUUUUAUAUAACAAUACCAAUAACAAAGUAGCCUUCAUCAUCAUCAUCAUCAACAUUAACGUGCAAAGAAUCAUUCACUACCUUAAACAGUGUUCCACCAUUGAUUUCCACUACUCUUUACUUUGCUUACAACCUUAACUUUCUUUGUUCCUUAACUUCACCUUUCUGAUCUUCCUCGGGAUCUUCGAAAUCUGUCUCUCUCAUUUUCCACCUAAAUAUAGCAUACUCCUUUUUGAUAGAAAAUUGGCAGAUCAAAGAAGAAACUCCUAUAGAGUAUGAGAUUAUGGAAAGAAAAAUCUGAAUGUAUAUGAGCUGUUGAAGAAACUUUCUGAUAAGAUGUGGUCUGAUUUCGACAUAAGACCUGAGAAAGAUAAAGGAAAAAAAAAAAUCAGCUCGAAGUCUGGUAUGGAAUUUAGAAAUCGAGACAAGUCGAAAAGAAAAUCUGUUAUUGAUCAUAGUCAGCAACCACAACUUGAAACAUUAGGAGAGAUUCUGAAACGCGGGAGCAUAAACGAAUGUUCAACGCAACAUGAAGAGCUUGUCAAACACAUGUCUAACUUGCCAGGGUAUCUGAAAAGUUCUGAUAGAGGAAAAAAUAUUCAAGAGAAGGCUUUGAAUUUCGGUGUUCUUGAUUGGUCGCGACUUGAAAAAUGGAAGAACAGACAAGCAUUCAAUGGAAACGAAGAAUCCUCGUCUUCGAGGGCUGCAACCACGUCAUCUUCAACUGCUAGAAGACAUAAAAAGUUUGAUGAUAAAAAAGGGUUAUGCUCUUCGCGGGAUAUUAGACAAUAUCGAAAUUCUGGUAAAAAGAUCAUUGGAGGAGAGCGUAGGAUGAGAUCGAGGGAAUUUGAGUCCAUAGGCGAAAUUCAGUUAGAUAAAUCACUUCGAAAGGGGAAAAUGAGUGAUUAUGAGGUUGAAGCUAUAAGCAUGCAGGGUUUCCAAAAGAAAAAAGAGACACGUUUUAAUUCUGGUUUCGAUAAUCGCUUUCCAUCGUUGGAAGGUAAAGAUAAAUCUGUCACAUUAGGCUCUGAGAAGAAAAUGAGUUCCAGAAGAAGUGAAGCCAAGAUAAAGAUGAAUCAGUGGCCGGACUCAGAUAUUGAAUUUGAUCAAAAUCAUUGUCAUAUCAUGCCAAGAGACAUUGUUUUGCUUCGUCCGCGAAAGUUUCUGCAGUCGAAUUUCGAAGACUACUUUCCACAUUCUCAAUCAAUAGCUUCAUCUGAUGAAAACUUUUCAGAAUCAAGCUUGAGUAGCUCGUCUUAUAUUUCCCUUCCCGAAGAGGCUUACACCGAAAAUAUUCUCCCUUCAGUGGCUAGCCUUGCUUCGGAAACAACGCGGGACAAUUUCGAUACUGAUCUAGAUGUUGAUUUUUCUUCCGUUCGAUCGGAGAAACCAGGUUGCUCAAAAAACAUGUCUAGUUUCAUAUCUAAUAAAGAUACUUGCAUUGAAAAAGAAAUGUUAGACAUGAAGCAAAGAAAUCAGUAUUCUUUCGGUAAUAUGAAAGAAUUAACAGAGAAUAACAGGAAUAACUUGUCCCAAGAUCAGCUUAGCUUCGGCUUGAACCGAUUAGGAAGAAGUUUAAGUUUCAAGGAGGGACCUACCCUUCCGAAACAAAGCGCCAAGAAAGUUAGCGCAAAAUCUGGUCCGUUGAUAUUUGAAAAUUCCAAUUUGAAUAAAUCUAGCAAAGAUCAUAAAGCGAGUGAUCAUAAGAGAACGAGAUCAAGCACUUUCAUGAGGUUGUUAGACCCUUUAUGGAAACAUAAAGCAUCAAACACACAGCAGCAUUCAUCUGAAAUCAGUUUGACACCGAAAGGAAGCCCGAAUUCAAUGAGCUUUAGGACAAACAGUUUACACGAUGAAAAUCACAAGGAAUCGUCGAUUAAAGCUAUUUUGCAGCUAACAAUAAAAAAUGGACUACCUUUGUUUCAUUUUGUGAUCAACAGUGAAAGAAAGGUUCUUGCAGCUACCAUGAAUAGUUUAGCUUCGUCGGAGAAGGAUGACGGAAGCUGCUAUUUCACAUUCUACCUUCUUAACGAAAUCAAGAAAAAGAGCGGUCGAUGGACGAGUCACUGGAGCAAAGAAAAGAAUUCUGGCGGAUAUGCUUAUAACAUUGCUGGCCAUAUGAAAAUUUCUAACUCUAGAGUCACCGAGCCAAAGGACGAGAACUUCAAGGGACAAUGUAUGGUGAAAGAUUACGUCCUAUUCGGUGUUGGAAAUGACCAGCCGGAUAAAGGACCGAAAGAUUUCGUCAAGAGAAAGGAACUUGCUGCUGCUGUUAUUGAGAUCCCUUGUGAAAAUGUUAACUUGCUGAAGAAGGAAUGUUUAAAGUGCCUCCUUGCAGAUAAAAGAUGUUUUUGCAUCUCACAAGAAAACGAUAUUUCGGGUAGUAAUAUUACGGUUAUACUUCCUGGUGGCUUACACGCUUCGCCGAAAAAAGGAGAGCCUUCUCCGUUGAUUCAUCGAUGGAAAUUAGGCGGAUUAUGCGACUGUGGUGGUUGGGAUGUUGGUUGCAAACUUCUUGUUCUCUCUAACCAGAACCCGAGUUCAAAACCUCAUCUCGAGAGAUUUCAACUUUUCGUUCAGGAAGGAACUGAGGAAGACACGCCGUUAUUCAUUAUGGAGCCAUUGAAAGACGGAUUCUACUCGGUAGAAUUCAGUUCGACAAUCCCUCAUUUACAAGCUUUCUUUAUUUCUGUUUCUGUCUUAAGCAGCAAGAAACUACCAAGUUCCAUGGAAAUUCCGAGUAAGGAACUAAAUUCGAAGGAGGAAGCGAGUAAAUAUUAUAAUUCAGGUCCACCACUCUCUCCUGUUGACAGAGUUUAAAGUGAAUGUUUUUCUACCAUCAUAGCUGAGGCCAGAAAGUGAAUGCACUGUGAAAUAUUCUCCAAUUGCUUCCUUUUUUUCUUUAUAGUUAUUCUCUAGUCCUUGUUACAUUGUAUUAUUAUUGUAUAAUUAACUGUACAAAGGAACCACAUGUACUGCACUGCACCAAUACUAUCAUUUUACAAGAUACAAAAUGUGAAUAAAACUAGUACUGUUAUCUACUGCACAA